GAUUACUGUCCAAGCCGGCGAGUGCGCUUCAGUCUUAAUCGAAUAUUCAAAUACGCUGGUGGAUAGAACCACUGACUCUGUUUCAACCAAUGUCUUCCCAGUUCUUAUCUCUGGGAUGGGUUUUGGCGUUGACCAUGGCUUUCUUUGGCCAAAGGGCAGGCGCCUAUCCCCAGAAUCCUUUCUACGUCGAAGGAAGUGGCGAAAGCGGUCCACGGGGUCAUGGGAGACACCAUCACGGGCAUCAUGAUCACGGAUACCAUAACAAUAAGAACUGGCCAGGAUAUGGUCCAGUUGGAGUGCCACAGCCUCAGCUAACAGGAUAUUUUCCGAGAAAUCCCUAUAAUCAAGUUCCAGGAGGAUAUCGCCCAGAUCAACAGCCAGGAAACUUUGGAAAUCGACAGCCUGACGGAUUUUAUGGAGGGGGCCACGGCUUUAGACCCCAUUAUGGACAUGGUUAUGGUUCUGGUGGAAAUUUCAACAGAGGACAGCCCGGGUUUGAGUUCCCACAACAAGGGCCAAACUAUCCUCCACCAGGAGGGUUCCCACCACCUGGCAGUGGCGAAAGCUUCAAUCCGAGACAACCUGGCUUCAAUCAACCCGCGUAUCCCCGUCCUGGUCAAUUACCCGGCAACUCACCAACUUACCCCCGUCCUGAUUACUUUCCUGGAGGAUUCCAGCAGCCCGAGAGUGAAGAGAACUCAGGCCCCAGUCAGCCCGGUUUUCAGUUUCCUGGUGGAAAUAGAGGACAAUCUGGUAACCAACAGCCAGAUGCGAAUAGCUCACCCACUUACCCGCGACCUGGAGGAUUCCGCCAACCAGACAGUGAAGAUGGAAUAGGCUCUGGUCAGAUACCUGGUGGAAAUAGAGGACAACCUGGAGGAAGGGCCAACCAACAGCCUGGAGGUAACAGUUCACCCAAUUAUCCACAGCCUGGAAGUGGCGGAAGUACUUUCCAGCCAGCUGGCAGUGGAGAAAAGAACUUCCAGCAACCUCUUCCAAAUCCCAACCAAGCUCCUGGUGGACUUCCAAGUAGGGGACAGACGCCUGGAAAUCCGAAGACCCUUCAGCCCCGCCCGGGCAAUGAUGACGACUUUUCGCAGUUUAACUUCCAGACACCCAAUACGCUUCAACCACGACCUGGUCAGGAUGAGUUUGCUGGGAGAGCUGGGAGUCCAGGAAACACCCUUCAACCUGUUCCUGGUGCGCAACAGCCACAGGGAACCGCGAUCCAGCCGAGGCCUGGCCAGAAUUCCAAUCCUGUAAAUGUGGAAAGCACUCUCAACGACCUUUUCAAAACCCAAGAAUUCCUGUCUCCCGAGUUGAGCCGUCCAGAAGGAUCGGGGGUACCACAAGCCGAUCCCAAGUUGGAUGCCACAGAUAUCAAUCCGCAAUCCGUGAAUGAACGUAACCUCUUCGAUACGGAGCCAAAGUGCAAGGACGGCACGGAGCUGAUGUCGAAUCGAUGCCGGAAAACAGCAUAGAAUGUUUUUAGGAACUCGCCACGUCAUCCUGGAAUUGGUGUCAUAUUUGUACAUUUUGUAAUACUUUAUUGGGCCAAUAAAUGUGCGAAUUUGAGUUGUCAAAA